UGGAAGUUGGCUGAGAUUAAGCUAGCCAAAAAAUAAAUAAAUAAAAAAUGAAUCGAGGCACGAAGCGACACAAGGAGGGAGCGAAGAAAAGAGAGAGAAAUCUCCGAGAGCACUGUUGGCUGACGGUGAAAAAAUGCUGCAAACUGACUGACCCGUUUUUAAAAUCAAGUGCGGCUUCGGCUAGCAUUAGCGCUAAUAAUGCUAGCACUAAUGUUAGCGACACAGCUGAGCCAGCACACCUGGGAGGAGGACAGGACAGCAAGAGGAGGACGAAGAGUUAGACAUGGAAAACUGCGUGACGAAACCCAAUCCCCUACGGAGAUGAAAUCUACACAGACACCCUCGUCUGUUGUUUUUGGAAAAAGGCUGACCCAAAGCAAGGCGGGCCAACUCACCAGCCCUCCCAGCAGGAAGGUCCGUGCCUCCAUCCCCAAGCCUCCCUCUAAUCUCCCGGAAUCAGGGAAUACACCAAAGAGUGCGAGGCUACACUCAGAAAGCAAUCUGCCACUUCUAAAUAAACAUUUUAGGAUCCCGGUGUUAACAUCUCUCCUUGUGAAGUCUUUGAAGAUGAUUGUGGUACAGCAGAGGGAGAGCGGAGUUCAUGUUGGCGUGAGACACCAAAAGCCAGCGUUUGAAACUGUGUCCGUAAGUUAACCGAUGCAUCGCACUUAAGUUAUGUCGCGCACGUAACGCCAUCUUUUCCAAAACCCAACCAAUUGGGUUUUAAGGCUUUAAUUACUGUUGCAUUUUUACUUUUGUUUUAAUUCUAUAAGACAUUCCUGUAAUUAGAGGCUGGCUGAGCAAUUGUGAAGGUUUUAUAACCCCUCUGGGUUUCAAUUCAAUGAUUUUUUCACUCGUAAUUCAUUCAUUUUAGAAAAGAUGCGCUCAAAGAUGGCUUUCUGCUUUGCCAAUUCAGGAAUUAAUGAACGACUCAGAGUAGUCUGGUGUUGUUAUCAUAAUUCUUUCAUU